AUCAAAACUGCAAAAAAAUGGGGAGAGUGACCUUAAGUUUGGUGUUUCUAGCCUUUCUUGUGGCAGGUGCCACCGCCCAAAGUGCUUCUAAUGUGAGAGCUACUUACCACUUCUACAACCCUCAACAGAACAACUGGGAUUUGAAUGCUGUGAGUGCCUUCUGCUCAACAUGGGACGCGAAUAAGCCCUUGGCAUGGCGCCAGAAGUACGGUUGGACCGCCUUCUGCGGGCCCGUUGGUCCUCGAGGACAAGAGGCUUGUGGCAAGUGCUUGCUGGUGACUAACACUGAAACUAAAGCUCAAGCAACUGUGAGAAUUGUGGAUCAGUGCAGCAAUGGAGGACUCGAUCUGGAUUCCAAUGUGUUCAAUCAGAUUGACACUAAUGGAAACGGCAUUGCUCGGGGGAACCUUAUUGUGGACUAUCAGUUUGUGAACUGUGGUGACUGAAGCAACAUUACUGCGUUAUCAUGCCCAUUAUGAUACCCUCAGAAUAAAGUUAUGUAAUAAUAAUCACUUAAAAAUAAAGUGCUUUGGGAAUAAAAGUGUUUGUUUCGA